AGUGACACUUCCAUCUCGGACCCGAAGACUCAUCUCCAGUGGUAUAGUGCUGUCGUGGUAUAAGAAUACGACUGCCCAGCAUGCAGAGACCAGAUCGGACCAUCCAUCGCCUUGUGCACCCUUAACAACGACAUCCACCGAGCGUCCUUGUCUCUCGGUCUCGCUGGUGUAAAGCAGUCUCACACAGCUACCAUGUCUGCACGGAGCGACAGCGACGUCAAGUCUGACGCCAAACCCUUCGACAGCGAUGUCGAAUCAGGUCCCAAGCCAGAGAUCAAGACCGAGAUCCCAGCAUCAAAACCUCAAGACCCCAAUCUCGUGACUUGGGAUGGUCCCAAGGACCCCGAGAACCCCAAGAACUGGCCUGACGCGAAGAAAUGGCGUUACACUGUCACCGUUUCAGUGUUCUGCUUCAUCUCGCCCAUCUCAUCCUCUAUGGUCGCGCCAGCUCUACAACAGCUCGGCCGCGAUCUUGGUACCACCAGCGAUCUCGAAGUCGAGCUCGCACUGUCCAUAUUCUUGCUCGCAUACGCUAUCGGUCCCAUCUUCUUCGGUCCUAUGUCCGAACUUCACGGCCGUGUCCGCAUCCUGCAAUUGAGCAACCUGUGGUACCUCGCAUGGAACUUGGGAUGCGGCUUCGCCCAGAACAAGGCGGAAUUCUUCGUCUUCCGCUUCCUUGCGGGUCUCGGAGGAAGUGCUCCGUUGGCGAUUGGUGGUGGUGCCCUUAGCGACGUCUGGAUGCCUCACAACAAGGGCAAGGCCAUGGCUAUCUACACUCUGUCACCUAUCCUCGGCCCAGUCAUUGGUCCUAUCGCAGGUGGCUUCAUUGCUGAACGCUCCACCUGGCGUUGGGUCUUCUGGUCAACUUCUGCCUUUGCCUUGUUCAUUCAGUGCAUCGGUCUCUGGGGCUUGACCGAAUCGCACGCUCCUACCCUUCUCCGUCGCAAGCGCGAACGCCUUGUCAAGGAGACCGGUAACACUGCUCUUCACACCGGUGAGGGACCGCCAAUGAGCCUUCCCAAGCGCCUGGCUGAUGCCUUUACUCGCCCCUUGAAGAUGUUCGCUACUCAACCGAUCGUCAUGCUCAUCUCCGUCUACAUCGCGUACAUCUUCGGCUUGAACUACCUCCUCUUCGUGAUUUUCCCCGGCGUAUACACCGGUGUCUAUGGCGAGCCCAUCGGUAUUGCUGGUCUACACUACGCCGCCCUCGGAAUCGGUCUCAUCAUCGGUCUGUUCGUCCAGUUCUUCUUCAUCGACAAAGUCUACAUGCGUCUGAAGAAGCGCAACAACAACGUCGGCCGUCCCGAAUUCCGCAUUCCCACCAUGGUCAUCGGUUCUGUCCUCGUCACUGCUGGUCUCUUUUGGUAUGGCUGGAGUGUACAAUCGCGCAACCACUGGGUCGUCCCCGACCUCGGCAUCAUCGUCUUCAGCGCUGGAACCAUGAUCUGCCUCAACGGUAUGCAAACGUAUAUCAUUGAGACCUACAUGAAGUACGCUGCCUCUGCCAUGGCAGCCUCAGCGAUCCUUCGAUCUCUGUGUGGUUUCUCGUUCCCGCUCUUCGCGCCUUACCUUUACAAUGCGCUCGGCUACGGAUGGGGUACCAGCGUAUUGGCGUUCAUCAGCAUCGCUAUCGGAUGGACAGCUCCUUUCAUCUUCUGGUUCUAUGGACCUAAGCUUCGUGCCGUUUCGAAGUUCGCCUCCGGUUAAGCCCAGAGUCUGAUAAUGUCGCGAGAUGAACCUCUGACGGCCUGAGUUGCCAAAUUUUGCCUUUCCACGCUGCUUUCUUUCAACGACUAGAAGAUUGUUCAGAUGUAUUUCUGUUGAUAUAUUCCGGCAAGAUACUAAUUACGAUUUUUAUUGACGAUGGAUAGAGCGUUUGGACUCGCGAGGCAAAUGAUGGAAUAGAUUUGGGGAUUUUGUUUGCUGUGAACUUUUGAUGUGUCGAUGAUACUCCUCUCAAGCGUCGCAUUAUGAGCACCUUGGUUAUCUCUAGAUACAGAAAUUGAAGACUUUCAUGAUGAAUGAAUCGAGC